AUGGGGUGCGGAGUUUCCCAAAGUGAAAUGAAACCCGAGGAGAACGCGACCGUGUCCGACCUGGAGAGAAUCAUAGGAGGAACACGAGUCCCGAGUCAGACAAAGUAUCCCUGGAUGGCUUGGUUGAGGAAUGCCCAGUACGAAUUCAUCUGCGGAGGGGCCCUCAUCAACGAUCGAUACGUUCUCACUGCUGCCCAUUGCGUCUUUUGGAGUCCAACCGGUUCCUUCACCGUGACCUUGGGAGACCUGGACCGAUCGACUCCAGACGAAAGCGAAUCCAUUCAGAUUCCAGCGAGAGCCAUCAUCCAUCCACAGUACGAUACUCCGACCUGGCUGAACAACGACGUCGCCCUCCUCAAACUAGAGACUCCGCUGAACUUCUCGGCCUUUCCGCACAUCCGGCCCAUAUGUCUCUCCUCCGGCGUCAACCCGGAUGUGGGAACGAAUGUAACGAUCUCGGGAUGGGGUCGCUUUUUGGGAAGUGAACCAGAUCUCUCCGAGGAAUUACUGGAAGCGACAGUGUACGUCAUCAGUCAAGAGACUUGUCGGAACAAGUAUGGUUUAUUCAUCAACAGCAACUUCAUCUGCGCGCAGUCAACCGAAAGCAAUAUUUGCCUUGGAGAUUCUGGGGGCCCGUUGAUGCAUCGAACUCUGACUGGAUUCUAUUACAGCGCUGGGAUCGUCUCGUUUGUGAAAAGCGAAGCGUGUCCGGUUGAAUACGGGGCCGGCUUUGCAAGGACGGCAAGUAUGCGCUUCAGGGCCUCUUCGCAGCUCUUUUUCGGAGAGGAA